CAAAUGCGCGAUCCCGUCGCGUUGCUAAGGGAUUUGUGGGCGGAACUUGAGAAGCGAUUUGGAAGCGCUGCGGUUAUCAGUAACAAACUGCUAGAGCGCCUGCGAAACACAGUGACGUUCAGCGAGCACGAAAACGAUAAACUGCAACAGUUCGCAGAUCUUUGUGCUGACAUCGAAAGUCAAGUGACAUUUCUCCCGGGACUCGCAUGCCUUAACUACCCGAGCGCUAUCCAACCAAUAGCCGAGAAACUACCACAAUUCGUCCGCACUAAAUGGGAGAAAGAAAUCGCGAAUUAUUCCGACAGCCACCGAGGAAUGUACCCCCCCUUCUCCAGAUUCUCCAAAAUUGUUCAGGAACAAGCCAGGACCAAGAACAAUCCGAACAUCCUCGCUGGUAAGGAUGGUGCCCACGUUCCCCCGCCAAAACAACGCAGGGAGCGAGAUCAUAAAUCGUUCAAGACAGGCAUUCGAUCCCCGGCUGAAAACAACGAAGUUCCCGGAAAAGAGAAGAAGGAGAAUCCCGGAAAGAGAGAGACAAGGAGUAAGCAUUGUCCAUAUCACGAAAGCAGCGCGCACAACCUAUCGGAGUGCAAGGCCUUCGCUGCAAAAACACUGGAAGAACGCACGCAGUGGAUAAUGGACGCGCGCCUGUGCUUUCGCUGUUUCAGCAACGCUCACAUUGCAAGCGAGUGCAACACGCCUAUACAGUGCACGAUCUGUGGGGACAAGCGCCAUAGUGCCUUACUGCACAAGGAGAAACAGCCGCCCCCCAAACCGGAGAAUGAAGCAGUCAGCGCGAAAUGCACUGCACUCUGUGAACCUACAGGAGGUGUGUCUUGCAGCAAAACCCUGCUGGUGGACGUCUAUAGCCAGCGUAGCCCACACCUUACCAAGCGUGUCUACGCCAUCGUCGAUGAGCAGAGCAACAGCUCUCUCGUCACCAGCGAAUUAGCCGACGACCUCGGAGCAGGUGGGCCCCUAGAGAAAUACUUCCUAUCCACAUGCAGCGGUGAGAGAGAGGAGAAAUACGGCCGGCGAGUAGCUGGCAUCACAGUACGGUCUAUCAGUGGAGCAGAGUUUGUCUUGCCUACCCUCACCGAGUGCGAUACCAUCCCACAGGACAAACGUGAGAUUCCAACCCCAAGCAUGGCGAGGAGGUUCCCGCACUUGACGGCCAUAGCUAGCGAAAUACCUCCCCUAGAUGAGACUGCCAAAGUUCACUUGCUAAUCGGCCGGGACGCACCAGAACUGUUAAAGGUUAGGGAAUCCAGGAAUGGCCCGAGAGGAGCACCCUGGGGGCAGCGACUGGCCCUCGGCUGGACUAUCAGUGGUCAGAUGUGCCUCGACUUCCCUAGUGGCCCUGCGCACAUUCUCGCCCGCCUCACAAAUCUGUCCACUAAUACAUGGAGAGAGAAGGAGCCUGGAGACGGAAGCUACGAACUGGUGCCCUGCCCCAACCAAUUCAAGAUCACAGACCCCCCUUUGGAGCGCCCCCCUGAUAGUAUCUUCAAGACUACGCGAAACGACAACGAGCCCAGUCUCUCCCACGAGGACCGCGCCUUUCUAGAGAUUAUGGAGAGAGGGAUACACAAGAACGCAAGUGGUAACUGGGAAAUGCCCUUGCCAUUUCGUGAUGAACGCCAGACAAUGCCAGACAACCGAGCCCAAGCCAUGCAACGCCUACAAGGGCUUCUUAAGACGUUCAACAGGAAACCUGAAAUGAAAGCGGACUACCUGGAGUUCAUGGGCAAGAUAAUCGAGAAGGGCCACGCCUCUCCUGUCCCGCGCGAUGACGCUCCGCCUCCCCCUGGGCGUUCUUGGUACUUACCGCAUUUCGCGACCUACCAUAACACAAAGCACACUAUUCGCGUUGUGUUCGACUCGAGUUGCGAGUUUAGAGGAGUGUCGUUAAACAAAGUGCUUUUACCUGGCCCUGACUUGAUGAACAACCUCAUUGGAGUUCUAAUGCGUUUCCGCAAGGAGAAUGUUGCCGUCAUGUGCGACGUCGAACAAAUGUUCCAUUCAUUCCACGUAGACCCGGCACACAGAGACUUCCUUCGUUUCCUGUGGUUCGAGGAUAAUGACCCGUCGAAACCCGUCACAGAAUAUCGCAUGAACGUCCACCUGUUUGGCAAUGGACCGAGCCCCGCAGUCGCCACGUAUGGACUUCGCAGAACGGCGGUAGACGGCGAGGAGAAGUACGGCGAGGAGGCCAAGAAUUUUAUAUGCCGCAAUUUCUACGUCGAUGAUGGUUUGGCUUCGCUGACGACCGCCCAAGGAGCGAUAGACUUGGUGAAAGGUGCACAAGCCACCCUAGCCACAGCUAAGCUACGACUACACAAAGUCGUGUCAAAUUCGGUGGAAGUCAUGGAAGCCUUUCCCGCUGAGGACCGAGCAAAGGAUGUGCGUGACCUCGACCUGCGCAGCGACAGUCUGCCCGCGCAACGGUCGCUAGGAGUUUUCUGGGAUUUGGAGACGGAUGCCUUCACCUUCAAGGUGUGUUCACCGGAGAAACCAUUCACCAGGAGAGGAGUCUUGUCUAUUGUCAACUCUGUGUAUGACCCGCUCGGUUUUGCGGUACCUGCCAUACUCGAGGGGAGAAAAAUACUACAGCAGCUCGUACUCAUGGGGGAGCGAAGAGCCGAGAACAAAACCCCCUUAGCCUGGGACGACCCUCUUCCUACCGCAAUGAUGAACCGGUGGACGUGCUGGAGAGAUUCUCUCCUGGAGUUACAGCACCUAUCUGUCCCCCGCUGUUACCACCCAAAGGAAUUUGGCACCGUGACCAGAGUGGAACUACACGCCUUUUCUGACGCGAGUCAGGACGCCAUUGGAGCUGCAGUCUACCUCCGCCAGUUCAACGAAGUAAACGAGAUGUCCACGUCUCUCGUCUACGGUCAAGCCAAGGUUGCCCCCGUAAACCCUACAAGCAUCCCACGACUCGAACUGUGCGGAGCGGUGCUAGCAGUUCAAGCAGCUCAGAGAGUUAUCAAAGAAAUUGACGUAAAGAUCUCGGAGGUGACAUACUACACCGACUCGAAAGUAGUGCUAGGCUACAUCACAAACGAAAGCCGCCGGUUUUACGUCUACGUGGCCAACCGAGUACAGCUAAUCAGAAGUCUGUCUACCCCAGAGCAGUGGAGAUAUGUGGAGAGCGAGCAGAAUCCAGCAGAUUUGGCCACGCGCGGAGUUCCCCCUGACAAGUUAAUGGCAUCGACCUGGCUCGGAGGGCCAGGAUUCCUUAAAAGACCACAAGGUACCCCUCGACCGGAUGAAACGUUCACACUCGACGCGAGUGAUCCUGAAGUUCGCAAGGGAGUGCUCAGGGCCAAAGUCACAAUGGAUAAAAGAGGCGAAGAACCAGACGUUUGGGCAAAAAGAUUCCAGAGGUUCUCUUCCUUAAGGUCCCUGCAGCGCGCAGUCGCCAAUCUUAUCGUUGUGGCAAGAGAAUUCAAACGCCGUAGAGACUCCAAAGCACGAGGAGUUAACCCUAGGAGUGAAGUGCCUAAAGGACCGGGCAAACGUAGACUUCCAACAGUCGAAGAGUGGGAUCAAGCUCUGCGCGUCAUAAUAAGCACCACACAGAGAGCAGCAUUUAGGGAGUUGUUGCGAGAUGCCAGGACGGAGCCCGAGCUACCGAGAGAAGUUCAGCACGGCGCAAAGAAAUCCCUCAAAGGCUCACAUCUGUACCACCUUGACCCGUUCCUUGACAACUACGGGAUCCUGCGCGUCGGAGGCAGAUUAAGGAGAGCAGAGAUGGAGUACGGAGAGAAACACCCAAUCAUACUGCCAAAGAAUCACCAUGUGUCACGGCUUGUAGCGAAACACCACCACCUCCAGGUGCACCACCAAGGAAGACAGAUUACCGGAGGAGCCAUUCGACAGGCAGGAUUCUGGCUCAUCGGAGGUCAUGACACUGUGACGAAAGUCGUCGGAGCUUGUGUUCCCUGCAAGAAGCUAAGAGGACCACCACUGGAGCAGCGCAUGGCAGACCUUCCGCCUGAUAGGACUGAAGUCUGUCCUCCCUUCACUAACGUGGGCUUCGAUGUUUUCGGCCCUUGGGCGGUGCAAACGCGUAAAACAAGAGGAGGGACCGCGAAUGCUAAACGCUGGGGUCUGGUCUUCACGUGCCUCAGCAGUAGAGCCAUACACAUUGAAGUCCUAGAAGCCAUGGAUGCCAGCGCCUUUAUCUGCGCACUGAGGAGAUUCUUCGCGCUACGAGGCCAUGCUACGCUUCUUAGGUGCGACAGAGGAACUAACUUCAUCGGAGCCAAAACAGAGCUUGGAGAAGCAGUGUCGGAGCUCAACGACAAGAAAGUGGAGAAAUUUGUGACGGAGUACGGAUGCAAAUGGGAGUUUAACCCUCCCCACGCAUCACAUUUUGGCGGCGUGUGGGAAAGGCAAAUCAAUACCAUCCGUCGAGUAUUAGAUGCUAUGUUUGCCGAACUGGGCAGGCCUCAGCUGACACACGAGUUGCUUAUCACACUGAUGGCUGAGGUGGUAGCCAUCGUUAACGCCAGACCCAUAUCUGCGCUGCCAUCCGACCCAGACGACCCACUACCUCUGUCUCCUGCGAUGUUACUGACAAUGAAAACACGCCCAGCUGGACCCCCUCCAGGUCAGUUCCUACGCCCUGACAUAUACGCUCGUCGUCGCUGGAGACGUGUUCAGUUCCUAGCAGAUCAGUUUUGGACGAGAUGGCGACGGGAGUACCUACAAAGCUUGCAGCCCCGACGGAAGUGGACAGAGAUGCAGCGAGACCUACGCGUCGGAGAUGUCGUCCUCAUGCGAGACGAGUCACGGCACCGCAACGACUGGCCACUGGGACGAAUCUCAGAGGCCAUAAGAAGUGAGGAUGACAGAGUUAGAAAGGUUAAAGUUGACGUUGUUAGAGACGGAGAAAGGAAGACCUACCUACGACCCAUCAAGGAGCUUGUCCUACUAUUGCCUGAUGACGGAGAAGAAGUUGAUCCAAAACCAAACUGAAUAGUGACAUGUAACAAAUAAGUAACAAGGAUUAGAAUCCUUGGGCGAGGAGUGUGCUGAA